GUCUGUCCUCUUUGCCGCACCGUAGCCACCUGGCAGCUCCUUCAUGACCUUUCGUGUCUAGACUGAGCAGAAAUAUUAUGUGAACAGGAAUCGUGCUCAAGAAUAUGCAUUGGAUCUAAGACAACAUUUGCCAACAGAAUCGGUGACCGCGAUUUGACGAGUGAGGUUCCUGCGAAGAAAAUGUUUCGCCGAAGAAUUCCCUUCAAUCAGAUCACCAUGGCAACGUUACUUGGGGUUGCUGGUGGAGUUUAUAUUUACAGACCUAUCUUCGAACCACCCAACAAGAGUCCGGUCCAUCCUAACCAGGAAGACGUAAAUGCUCAACUGAGCCAGGAAAAGUUAGAGGUCAAAACAGAUCUGGACGUAAAGGGGAGUUAGCCACCUCUCAAUUUCUUUCAUCUAAGGACUGCACGUAAUUUAUCUGACAUGUCUGGGGAGCAAGAUUAAUGCUGCACUGAAGAUGCCUUAAUCAAAAGUUUGUCCAUUUUUCUGUAAUCGGACUGUCAAAUGUU